AUGGACCUGGACGGGAUGGACGCGCUCAACUCCUCCGAGGACCGCCACGACGACCGUGACAUUCACAGCCGUGCCAGCGGCACCCGCGCUGCCAGCGCGGCCGAGAGCAGCGAGAACGAAGCCGAGAGCCAGUCCACCUCAGCGGAGAGGAAGGACGGAGCCAAGUCUCGGCAUUGUCGCAGCUUGUCCAUGGACAGCUUCAUGGGGAAGCUCAACUAUGCCACAGGUGACGAGUCGCCAAAGCUACCACCGCCGUCCCCCAGCGGUGGCCUUUCCAGGAGCGGGAGUGGGUCCUUGGACGGUGGUGGUGCUGCGUCACUGUUUGGUACCGAGUUCGCCAACGGGGAGUUCACUGAGGCUGAGAAGAAGAAGAUCAUGGCAAAUGAACGCCUCGCAGAGAUAGCUUUGACAGACCCUAAGAGGGUCAAGAGGAUUUUGGCAAAUCGCCAGUCUGCGGCAAGGUCAAAGGAGCGCAAGAUGAGGUACAUUCAAGAACUCGAGCAUAAGGUACAGGUCUUGCAGACAGAGGCGACUACGCUUUCAGCACAAUUGACAAUGCUGCAGAGGGACUCUGGAGGACUUGCAACUCAGAACAAUGAGUUGAAAAUAAGGCUGCAAGCAAUGGAGCAACAGGCGCAGCUGAGAGAUGCUCUGAAUGAAGCACUAACGGGUGAGGUCCAGCGGCUGAAACUUGCAACCGGUGAGAUUACGGAUGCUCGUAUGUCGAAGGCGGGCCUACAGCAGCAGAUGAACUCCCAGCUGAUUCAAAUGCAGCAGCUGCAAAUACAGCAGCAGCAACAGCAGCAGUCAUCACAGACGCAGCAGGCUCAGCAACAACACCAGCAGCAGCAGCAGUCGCAGCAAUCAGCAUAG